AGUGCACAGGAGCAGCCUGUUGCAGACUGCUCCGUUCUUGGAGCUAGUCGAUUGCACUCAGACGCCGUGAUAGGCGCCUAGCUCGCAUUUGCGACUCUCGCUCGUCAUGGCCGCAGAUGACGGAGUCAAAGAGGCGGCAGCGGCACGACCGGCGGCCGCGAUGACGGCCUCGGCGACAGGGUCAUCUGCUCCUCUUGUCUCCUCUUCAUCAUCAUCAGCAUCAUCAUCAUCAUCCUUGGCCUCGCCACCGCGACGUAUCGCUUUCCCGUCCAUCUCCGUCGGCACAGUGCCAGAGCAACCUCGAUCACCGCCUACAUCGCCAAGGGUUGUCCAGGAGAGCGCGGAUCUGAAGCUCCGUCCGACUACCUUUUCACCUUCGAGCUCGUCCAUCCGAGCUAGCGAAAAGCUCACAAACUUGCUGCAAGAGGUGACGCCCAAGCCACAGCAGAAAGUCGCAGCUGUUGGACCCGAGGCGCGAGCUCCUUCGCCCGUGCCACACGCUCCUGCCACCUUUCUUGGUCCCGGACCAUCCUCAUCUCCGGGCCCUUCUCUCCCAAUGACGUCGACUCGUACAGCCACUGUGCCUGCUUCACCUGCCGCAGCGAGCUCUUCCACUCGCCAGAUACCACGGCAGCAGCGUUCGGGUCAGCCAUCGUCUUUGCGAUCUGAGUCAAAGGAUAGGGAGAGGGAAAGGGAACGAGCCGCAGCUGCAGCUCGUCAGGCUGAAAAGGAAAAUUGGCAGAGGACAAGAGGAGCUGGCAGCUCAGUCCUUCAUCUUCACCAGCACGUCGCAGCUAGCAAAAGCCCGGCGUCCUUAACCGAGGCUGAUGUCCUGCCUGCACUAGCAGACAUCGAGGGCAAGCUAGCUGCAGGCGCAGGCGACCUCGUCGAUGUGCCGUCACUGGACUUGCUCCUCUCACGAGGUAUCUCAGACUACACCAUCCUUCCCAAGGUGCUAGGCCGAGGCAAGUUCUCCACCGUUUUCAUUGCGUCGAGGUACGGACAAUUGUCCGCCAUCAAACACACUGCCCUCUUCCCUCACCAUCAGCUCAUCUCGACUCGACUGCUUCGUGAGCCCACGCUUCUUGCCGAGUUACCUCCCCACCCCAAUCUCGUCGAGGUCAAGGAGACCAUUCGCACUCCGGGCCACUUCUACCUCGUUGAGGAAUACCUCGGCGGCUAUGUUACCCUUGAAGCGCUUCUGCCUAGAUUCGCCAAGGCUCGCGGCUCAAAGGAAGUAUUGCCCCUCGCGCCGGCCAAUACCAUCCUCUCGCAGCUCCUCUCAGCCGUUCGUGCAAUCCAUCACCCGCUGCAAAUUUGCCAUCGGGACAUCAAGCCAGAGAACAUCCUCGUCCAUCCCGAGACGUUGCAGCUCAAGCUCCUCGACUUUGGCCUCGCAACGCACUACAGCAAGAGUGAGCCCAAGCUCACCACCUGCUGCGGCUCUCCUGCCUUUCACUGCCCCGAAAUCGUGAGAGCACUGGCGAGCACUCCGGGUACAUCAAGCUAUUGGGGCCCAGAGGUAGACGCCUGGACCUGCGGCGUGACGAUGCUGCGCGUCUUGACGGGGGUGCGAUACCCGCUCGGAAGCAACCAUACAUCGCUACGCAGUAUGGCCAUACGAGCGCAGAGAGCCGUGGCGCAGAUUCCGCUCUCGGACGAGACUGCGAGCGCCGAGGAGGGGCUGGGGGCCAAGAUGCGCGACAUGGUGGGCAAGCUGCUCGAGAUGGAUGCCGUCAAACGCAUGAAGCACUUUGAGGAGAUGGCAGUCGAGAGGGAUCGGCAGGAACAGCCCGAACGAGGUGUCAAGAGCUUCAAGAGCACGACGUUUGUGCCGACUGAGCCUAGCCAUAAGAUGGAUCUUCCGCUGCUCAGCGAGACAGCGGCAGAGAAGGUCGUGUUCCCGCAGCAGCAGCGCGAGCAGUCAGUGCCUGGGGUAAAUGGGUAUUUCCCUGCACCGACCAGCCGCCGCACCACGCCCACCAGUUCGCGGGCGCCGAGCCCGACUCCUCCCAAUGAUCGACGAGCAUCUGUAGAUGAGGCUGCCGCCAAGGAGCCAGCGCAUCCAGAAUCGCGUCCGCGGGCUCCUCGCCUCAUCAUGCUCAAUCCCUGGAAUCAACCUCCGCAGCGCGUCCUCUCCUUCAUCAAAUACUGCCUACGCUGUUCCGGUAUCCUUUACCACUGCUGGCCAGACGCGGCCACAGCCGCACAGGAGACAUGGGCGAGCACGCUCUCCCCUCGUUCCUCAUACCAAGCGCCCGCAGAUGGACUUGCUUCGCCCCCUAUGACUCCAUUUCCCAUCCCAACGCUCGAGGACAGGCAAGACGGUUGGGCGCAUGUGCACCUGUUUCAGUGUGUGAUUGAGUAUCGAGAGCCAGUGGCUGCGGAGGAAGGUAAGAAUGGCGGAGAGGCAUGGGCAACGGGUGGGCGCGGCUUAGUACAGAGCAUUAUGGCUGCUUUUGGGCGAAAGACUUCGACUACAGCAGCACCCCAGCUCAAGCGCUCCUCUUCGCAACCGGGUCUCGCGGCCAGCGGCAAGGUGGCAGGUGCGAACGGGACAGCUACGAAUGGCACCGCCACUCCUACAGGCUCGAGCUCUACGUCGUCAAGCGCGUCAAGUGGCGGUGGUAGCGUCAAGGCACUCACGUUUCACCUCAUUGUACGCUUCUCCAAAGUCUCGCGAGCUUCAUCGCGCCCGAACCUGUCGCGAGCGAGCACGUUGCAACAGCAGAGCAAGAGCAGGACAAGAGCUAGCUCAGCUGCUUCGCUGUUCGCAGGCGGGGAAGAGCUGAACCGGACGACCUCGACUUCUACGGCGGUCGCAGAAGGUGCAGCGCCGGCUCUCACCCCCAUCGUUGCCUCGCCUGACAGCUCCAUGCCGCCACCGCCGUUGCCUUCUGAGGCUCAGAGAGGGACAAGCCAAACGGAAGCAUCGGGCGGUGGGCAGAGCAAGGCGUCCGUUGCCACCUCUUCAACACCAACGCCCACCUUCGUCAAGCGACAGUCCCAAUCCACCACGAUGACCAUACCCGCCGCGGGUAACGCGGGCCUCUCGAUCGACACGACCGCCCGUCCCGAGGCCUUUCGUACCACGAGCACUACCACUCCCACGGGAAGCACUCCGACCCGUGCGCGCAAGCCGAGCAGGGCAGCACAUGCGUCAUCGGCCGGCGGUGCCACUAGCACAUCACACCAACGCGCUGCGAGCAAGUCGAGCCCUCCAAAUAAGAUCCUCCUAGAAGUGAGCGACCCCCGUGCUCUCCCCAUGCUUAGGCAGGCCCUCUCCGUCGGUGGUACGUCGGACACGCUCGAAGUGGAGACCAGGUCGGCUCCCCCGCCGCUGGCUCACAGAUCGUACUCGAUGUUCGGCACCGCAUCCGGGUCUGGCUCUGGCUCUGGCUCCGGCAGCGGAGUCAACUCAUCGUCCUCAGGUCACGCAACGCCCGCCGUCGUUGAAGACGAGGAGCCCCUCGGUCCCUCGUUCGGGGACGCGCGCAAGUACUCAAGCGUAGGGAGCGCGGCCGGCAAACCGCCGAGGGCGGCUAGGUCACAGAGUUACUUCGGGCCAAGGGCCUCCGCAUUGGGAGGUGGGGCGAAGGGAGCGAGUGCUGCAGCGGCUGUGUUGGAGUGCGCCUGCUGCUGGGGAGGAGCAGCGGGUGAGUCGCGACGGCAGUAGCCUUGAUCGAGGCGGCAGUGAUGCCAACAGGGAGCGCGUCGACGAUGAGCAACAGCGCGGGCGUGGCAUGACGAGGGGUAUGACGAGUCCCAAUCUUGCCUACACUGAUGCCAAGGGCCAGACGGAGGAGACGUUGGCAUGCUGAGGGCCGCGAUGGGGACGCGACCGCGGUUGUUCUUGUCUCGAAUUCUGUACUUCUUUUGAUGCCGUGCAUUCUGCUCUCCGCUCUCUCCGCUCGCCUCCACUCGAUGCGCUUCCGCCCUUGAUUGUCUUGCUUCCGUGCCAAACGGCUGUCCAUAUCACGAUCACCUUCAGCAUUCCUCAGCGCCUCAUCGAUUGUGAUGCAGCCUACCAAUCUCGUUCUCUUACCACAACGACGGUAGUAUCGUGAGCACUGCGUGUUGCUGCUUUCUUCGGAUCGCC